AUGGACGCUCAAAGUCCAGAUCCAGUUGACUGGGGAGUAGACGCAAUGGUAAACUUCCUGUGCAACCCGCAAGAAGCUCCGUGGGCUAACUCUGCCACUUCUUCACGCCCGAACCUCACUGCACUCGAGACAGCACUUCGUGAUAAUCAGAUAAACGGAGAGGCUCUACUUCAUGACGUUGAUCGGGAGGCCCUGAGGGAUGACCUGGGUAUCAAACCUCUAGGUCACCGCAGUAGCGUCCUCAGAGCUAUUGAUUGGCUACGCGUUCGAUCUCCCAAGUACCAAACAUCAAAGUGGAACUCCCCUUCUUCCAACCAACCUCUUAUCACAGAAGAAAUCGUAUCACCUGUCAAAUCUCCACCCAUCGCGACUUCUGUGGAUGCGUUUCCUCACUUUGCGUCCGUUGCUCCCAAAAUGACGCCAGCGCCCGCAGUUGCAGGAAUGACUGAGCCAGAGCAGACCAUCAAGCCAAACUCUUCUUCCUCCAUCCGGCCUCAUUCACCUGAGCACCAUUUGACUGAGCGAUUCUCACCUUGCGGCAACUCCCGUUCUAUCACAACUCCUGUGGACGCGUCUAGUCAAGCACCACCCGCAACUAUGCCAGCGCCCGAAACCACAGGCAUGAAAGCAAAACGUCGGAUUGCACCCACUCUGGUGACUGAUCCUAAGGAACAGCUAGUGGGACAGGGGUUUGACCUAAUGGAGGAUGUGUCCCUUGACAAUCAAUCAAGUGAUCUCUCAUCACAUCCUGUCCUCGACCGCAUCAAGAAUUACUCUACCGAAGUUGCUGGUGAUGGCGGAAACGGGGAGGGCUCAGUUCCCGAGCCUUCUCGUGCCAAAAUUGUCGCACCAAGCACACCAACGCUGGAGUCGCACCUUUCCGCAGACAGAUCGUACCAACUGAGUGGGAAUGACUAUGACUUCUUGGCUCAGCUACUCGAGAAUUACCCCCCAGAGCCAGUGGGAAAGGAAGAUGACAUACUUCCUCUCUAUGGUGAAUCGGAUGUUGAGUACGACGAAGAGACUCAGCAAGAGAUUGAUGACGAAGAGUCGGAUUUCAUGGUUGGACUUUCAUGGGCUGAAUGCCAUGCCAUUAUCUCUGAAUACAUUGCAAAUUACGAGACGACUUGGAACGAAAAUCAACUGCCAAAGCACCGGCACUAUGCUCAAGUGGUGUGGCAGGGGGCCCGGAAUGCUCGCACAGGGAAGACUUACAAGCCCCGUGUGUUGCGAAGUCUAACUGGAUUUCUUUUACGACUGGAGACGCACAAGAAAGCCCUUAUCAAGGUCAAAUACAGAUCUAAAACUGCCUUCCUGGCUGGAUGCAAGAUCAUGGACCCUACACUGGAUCAAAUUUGCUUUGAGAAAUGGAGGCUGGAAACCAUCGAGUUGGACACGUGCCCACCAUUCGUUCCCCCGCCCCCGAGAGUUUCUCGGCCUCGGAAACGCCGUACAGUCGAUGAAGAUGCGGACGAAGAGUCUUUGGGUUCGGAGUCAGAAAUCUCAGCUGACGAGGAAGCUUCCGGUAACGAGGCUUCUGCCGACGAAUCCGACUCGGGAUUUCCAGGCGAUAUUCCAAACCGACCCCAGAGAGCUCUCUUGGGACCCACUCCGAGAGAAACAGACUUGGUCGCCCCUGGAUCUGAUGAGAGCGAGGAAGGCUUUGUUGCCAACAAAAGGCGCCGGCUUAUGGGAAGUCAAGACCAUGAGGAGGCCAAUAACCAUAUCAGCCCGAGCCAGGUUGGACCCUUUGCGGGAAUCGAAGAUCGAGAACCAUGCCCAAUUUCCAGCCUGGAUCAUGUGUCUCCCUCUACCGCAUUCCAAUUUGACUCAUCCCCGCAGGCACUACAUGAGUCUGACGUGGCAGACGAGAUGAUGGUUGAGACGCCCCCUCUCAACCCAACCUUGCCAGCUUCCUCUCCUCGAGAUGUCGAUAUGGAGGAUGAUUUCCUAGUGAAGACACCUCCCCUUAAUCCGACCAACUUGCCACAGCCAACCCUGAAGCUCAAGCUGACUCUAUCGUCUCCCGAGCCACCAUUUGGGAAUGCUGCCAAGAAUACUGCCCUAUGCCCUCUGCCCCAGAAGACUUCUUCACGAUCAGUAUCUCUCGAGAAAGAAAGCGGAGAUAUCACGAGCCCUAACAUGGACGAUAUUGACAUUUUCGACGAGAUGGUUCACAUGAGUUGGCACGAAGUUGAGUCCUCAGGAAAUCGUAUCUGGCUCCUAGCCAAACACUUGACAUGCUUGCCACGGGACGAGAACAAAUCUUUUGGGCCUUACAUGGAAGAACUCAUCGACCCUGUCUACAUGGAAGAAGUUACUGCUGCGUUGCAAGCGAUGCUCAAAAAUCAGUGGCACCUGGAGGGCAGAACCGAUGACGAGAGCAAAUCUGCAAUGUGUCUAGGUGCUUUCUUCGUAUCCUGGCACAGCUGUAAGAUGCUGACUGCCCGGGGUAUGGGCAAAGAGACGCUCCAAAGAGCCCUUGAAGCCCUCGAAGAUGACGAAGGGUUAAAAAUGUUCAUUCCAUUCCUCCAUAGGCUGAAGACGCUCUAUACUUCAAAAGGAGAGGAAGAAAUCCGGAAAAGACGUCGUUCGAAGCCGAUGGGGCCGCGGCCGCUGAGCAACAUGCAGAAGGAUGCCCAGGAACGACAAGCAAAGCAAGACCAAGCCCGCGAGCGCCUUAGGAAGGAACGUGAAAGCAAGGGCUUGAGCAACAGUGACCCAGAAGGGCAAGCUGUGACUUUCAAAGAUCCGGUCAUCUACUUACAUCCUCAAUUGGGUCGAUAUGUCAAGCCUCACCAAUUGACAGGCAUCCAGUUCAUGUGGCGAGAGUUGAUUGAAGCAAACAACCAACAAGGCUGUUUACUUGCCCACGUCAUGGGGCUGGGCAAGUCGAUGCAAGUUAUCUCCCUCUUGGUCACUAUUGCCGCUGCGGCCAACUCGGAUAACCCGGAGAUCAGUAAACAAGUUCCCGAACGCUUUCAUCGCUCGCAGACGCUUGUUUUAUGCCCUUCUUCCGUGGUGCAGAAUUGGAUGGAUGAGUUCGCGAUGUGGACACCCUACGAAAAUCAUCUUGGGCCAGUCCGGGAGAUCACUCCUCGAGGGAGGAAUUUUGAACUCCCCGAAAGAUUGAAGACAAUUCGAGAGUGGGACAGAAAUGGCGGCGUCCUCAUCAUGAGCUACGAGAUGCUUCGUAUCCUCAUUGUGAACAAGCCAGUUAGACUCGACGCAGAGGAACACGAACUCGUUCAACAUUGUCUCCUGGCGCGAUCGAACAUCAUUGUUGCGGACGAAGCCCACAAGCUGAGGAGUGCAAACUCAGCAAUCUCGCAAGUGGCUUCUCGUUUCAAAUCGACCAGUCGGAUUGCCAUGACUGGCUCACCGCUGUCGAAUCAGCUUUCUGAGUACUACCAAAUGGUUGAGUGGGUUGCGCCUGGCUACCUGGAAGAUCCGGCUACAUUCAAGAGAAAAUUCAUGGAACCGAUUCAGGCUGGAUCCUACAUCGACAGUACCAGGUCGGAACAAAGAGAAAGCUUGGUAUCCUUGCAGCUUCUCAACGGCAUCCUGGCUCCUAAGGUCCUCAGAGCUGAUACCUCGGUGCUCGCUGCUGAUCUACCCGUCAAAACCGAGUUCGUUCUCACGGUACCUCUGACGGAACUGCAGAGAAAUGCUUACGACACCUUUGUGGACUGUGCUCGAGCUGGAAGUGCGGAUGCAAGCUUGAAGCUCUGGUCAUGGUUGGCUAUCAUGCAGCUGUGUUGCAACCACCCUUACCCGUUCCGCGAGAAGCUCGCCGACCGCUUGAAACAGCAGGAGGAAAACGAAGGACCGUCCGUUCUGCCAAGAUCCAUUCAAGACGCUGGUCUUCCAAGCGAACUGGUAUCUCAAAUGGAGGCUCUUUUUAGCAAGUACUAUGAUCUGCAAGACAUCGCCCUGUCCAACCGUGCCGUCCUCCUUGACAAGAUACUGGACCUAUCCAUCAAGGCUGGGGACAAGAUUCUGAUCUUCACCCAGAGUAUUCCGACAAUGAACUAUCUUGAUCUUAUGCUGAAAAGACGCGGACGAAAGUACCAACGCAUCGAUGGCAGCACUCCCGGCGUUGAUCGGCAGGUUGCGACAAAGUUAUUCAACCAGAAUUCCGGAGAACACAUCCUCUUGAUCUCGACUCGAGCUGGAGGCGUCGGUCUUAACAUGUUUGGUGCUAACCGCGUGGUCAUCUUCGAUUUCCUCUUCAAUCCUAUGUGGGAGGAACAGGCGGUCGGACGCGCAUAUCGCCUCGGUCAAAAGAAGCCAGUUUACGUCUAUCGCUUUGUUGCCGGCGGUACUUUCGAAGAGCUUAUCUUUAACAACGCAGUCUUCAAAAGACAACUUGCCGUUCGCGUGGUGGACAAGAAGACGGUUGUACGUGAAAGUUCCAGGAAGCCGUCAACAUAUCUUACACACGUGAAAGACGUGGCAAGGGAUGAGGAGUAUGACGCCCGUGGGCGGGAUCCUCAGGUUCUUGAUAAACUCCUCGGAGGGGAAUACUGUGAGAUCAUUCUGAAGGCAACACUGUCCCACAUUCAAGACAAUGAGAACGAUCACCUCACCGAGGAGGAGUCCCGCCAGGUUGAAGACGAACUCAAAUUGGAACGACUCAAACGGUCAGAUCCGCUGGCGUACAGCGCUGAAAUGAAGCGACGAGAUGAUGCAGAAAAGGCACGCCAACAACAGGUUGCUCGCCUAAAUGGCGAUAAAACCUGGAAUACGUACGUGCAGCAGAUGGAGCAAGCCAGACAGCAACAAUCUGUCACAAUGCAGCCGCAACACCUUGCCUCUCUCAACCGUGGCCCGGUUCCAAGGCCUGUCGCGAGCAAAUCACCCUUGUCUGUCAAUAAUAAGGGGGCAUCGCAGCCUACUCCAGUCCUGACUGGGGCCAACUCUACGAUGGUCGCACCUCAUCAACUGCAGAUCCGUUCAUAUCAGCCGAGCUCGUCGUCGUUUGUACCCUCAACCCCAACCGAGCAAACCAUGCCCUCGUCUACGUACGCGCCAAGCUCGUCUUCACUGCGACAAGACAACGGUGGAGAUACUCAACUAGCCUAUGUGGUGCCCCCCGGCAAUGAGGUCAUUGUUAUUGACGAUGAUUCAACUCAUUCCACGCCGGUGAAGGGCCCAGCCAACCCCUCACAUCGCUCAGCAAUUCCUGCUGCAGACAUCUCGCCCGCUUCGCCGACUCCAAACAUACGAAGUGACGUUGCCCAGGCGAAUACCAACCAGCCGACAACGACUGCGCAGGAAGUGCCACAGGCGGCUACUGAACCUAGCCAGACUGCAACCCUAGACCUUGGCGGCGAUGGCUCAGUCGAUCCGAUCGACAAGAAUACCGCGGGAACCGGUCACGACCAGGUCACCGAACCUCGUCCUGCAGUGGCUGACCGGGAGACCCCCUUGGAUGCUAGCAACAAUGGCAUCAUGGACCUUGAGACAAUCGGGUCCAAGAAGGGAGCUGUUGACACAGCUCUCGAAACAUCCGCCACACCUCCGGGUAUGUUCAGCGAAUCCGAGGCGAUGGACAUCAGCGACGGCGCAUAG